GGACCGAAGAGGAAAAGUGCUUUGGUGUUGCUUUGAUGCCAAACGUUUUUAAAGAAGAAGCCUUUUCCCAACGGAAGUCUUUUUUUUCAUGUUCCGGUUGAUUUUUUGAGGGUCCGCGCGCUUCGUUCGCAUUCCUCAAACUCAAAAUAUUUCAAUCUCACCCUAAUUAGUACAUACGCGUUCAAGAUGUCGAACACCAAACUACAGAAUCUUCGGGGCUUUAUAACUGAACGAUUUACUACCGUGGCUGUGGAGAUAUUUGGAGAGAUUGAAACUAUUGUGGAGGCGUACUACGAGGAAAACAAACGCCUGCGGAAUGUACUGCACAUGGUCCUCAACCCCGAGAUAAAGUUACCGAGGAUAGAUGUUAGCAGCCAAUACACUGGAGCAACAACAGAUGUCCGAGAGCAGCACCCUGACCUCAAUACUAGGGCGGACCUGGAAACAUCAGAGCCGUUGGCUAAAAAACCCAAAGAAGAGGAAAUUGAAUGUGACAUAAGUUGGGAAUCGGAGCAACAGCAUGGGCUGGGGGAAACUGAACACUUUAUUUCCCCAGAUUGUGUGAAAAAUGACCCAGAAGAAGAAGAUCCAAGAAUGCUCUGCAUUGCCGAAACAUUCCACAUAAAAGUGGUUGAGUGCAACCCCCAAUCUUCAGGCACUCUCUCAGCUGAUGAAGAUGAGGACUGUUCUGCAUCGGACUUGGAGAGACUCACCGAUUUCCCACAGCUAUCCAGGUGCAAAGAAAGCUCAAGUGGAAGUCGGGAACCUCAAAAACAUGAUAUAAAGUCAGGGAAAAGCUUAACGAAAUGGAAGAACCCAAAGUGGUCCCUGCAGAAAACCAUGCUAGAAUUACCAAGGAUGGUCCCCCAACAAUGUUUCAUUCCUGCCCCAAAUGACUGCCAGGCCUUUUUGGCAAGGCUCACAGAAGCCUUCAAGGACUUUCCAGAUGACAAGAAGCCUCUGAUAACCAAAAUGGGCCUCACGGAGAAUGUGGAAUUAGUGGACUGUGCUUUUGGCAAAGUCCCUAAAGGUUCCCCCCUGUCCUACCAGUGCCCUGUGCCAUCAGGUCAGGAUUACAAGACUCAUGACGAUGCUCCCCCUCGACCGCUGCUUCCCCUGAGUCAUCACAAGCUGGAGGUAAUGUUGCCUUCUCGUAGCCUCAAUGCCAAAGAGGCUGAACAUAUGGAAGUCAUGGAAAUCACCUGGGAGGCAGCACGCAGUCUGGAGCACUCCACACGUGGAAGUGAGGAAGCAGUAGAGGAGCUGCGCAAGCUGCGCUUGACCAGUCAUUUUAGGGAGAUCUGCAAACUUAAACCAGGACGGAGCAAUGCGAAGCUCCUGAUAUUCAAGAUGCAGAAAGGUUUGUCCAGGCGCAAGACGGCACAGAUAGAAAAGCAGAUGAAGGCUGAGGCGCUUCGGGAAUAUUGUAACCAUUUGUGUGUCAACUGGUCCCCCUGCGGUUUAGUGGUGCAUCCGAAUGCUCCGUGGCUGGGGGCGCUGCCUGACGGGUUGGUGUACGACCCCAAGGAGAAACCUAGUUUUGGGCUGGUGCAUGUCAAAUGCACCAGGUUCCGGAGCUUCAUCGAGUGUGGGUUCCUGUUCUGCCAGGAUGGAGUCUUGCAACUGAAGAAGAGCCACUCGCACUAUUGGCACAUCCAAGGAGAGAUGAUGGUGACGGGCACGGAGUGGUGUGAUCUGUUGGUGUUCUCCAAAGAUGACAUACUGGUUCAGCGCAUCUACAGAGACUUGGUUGUCAUUAACGUCAUGAAGAAGAAGUUGGAUAAUUUCUUUUUCCAGUUCUACCUGCCAUGUCUGCUUUAAGUGAGCUCACAGCUUGAGCAUCAUCGCAGUCGUACACACUUGCUGUUCCCCUCAGGUCCUUAGUUGUGAGUUUUAACAGAUUGUAAACCACUUGAAAGUGGUCUUUUCUGACCACGAAUGUUCUGUUCUUGUUACAUAUAUAUAUUUGUUAUUGGUUUCAUUCAGUCUAGUCAUGACGAAGUUUGUGAUUUUGGUCAAAGCCAUGGAUACAUUUUUGGAUCUUUUGUAUUUUCUUUUACUUUGAAAUGUCACAUACCGUAUGCAAUGUGAAACUGAAGUCGAGUUUAUAUUUGCCACGUUUACCUCUUUUGCUACUCUCCAAAGGUACCCUGUUCUAAGGCUGCACCUACUGCAAAGAUUAUUUUUUUUACUACUGAUUUCAUUGUUUAUCUGCUGAUCAUUUACUUGAUUAUUAUAUUAAUCAUUUAGUCCACAAAAGGUCAGAAAAUGGUGAAACAUAUUUACCUCAGUUUUCCAGAGCCCAAGCUCACAUGGAUUAUGUCUGAUGGUAUUCUGUUUAAUAUCCUACAAGUCUUAGAAAACUAGCAAAUCUAAACAUUUGAGAAGCUGGAACAAGGGGAUAUUUGGCUUUUUUUUUUUUUUUCAAAAAAAUGACAUACAUGGUUGAUUGAUUACUAAAAUUGUUGCCAAUUAAUGUUUUUUUAUUUUUUAUUGUUGAUUUGUCAACUAAGCAUUUUUUCAUGUUGGUAGAAGCAUUAAAGGUUCAAAUGUUGGCACAUAUGGGAAAUUUCAAGAGACUACCGAGCACAAUAAAUGGUUACUGCAGUUUAUAAACAGAACAUCACUUCAA